CGCUUUGGGAGGCCGUGGCGCGUCGCCACUAGCGGCGCACCGUAAAAAUCAAUUUAGAUGUCGGCUAGGCGAGCGAGCUAGCUAGCUAGAUAGAUAGCGAGCUAGCAAGCGGUCGAGCAAGAAAGUAAGCAAAGAGCGAGCGAGUUAGCAGUGAUCGGCUCGAAACUACAUACGUGCUCGUCGCUUGAAACGAGUCAAGCCGUGUCGAGCCGUCACGAGGCGAGGCCAAGCGAAUGCACGCUUGUCGAGGCGUCGAGCUCGACGCGGCUUUACCACCUCCCUCUUUAUCCCUUUCUCUCUUUACCUCUCUUUCCCUCCACCUUUAGCUUCCACCAUUGCUACCGUCAGCGUCAACUACCACUGUGCCGCGCCACCGGCAGCAGCGGUAGCAGCGCAAGCACCGAAAGCUCGCCGAGUUCGGAAACGCUCCGGCAGUCGCGAGUGGUCAACUCGUUCGAGCGGGUUACAGGGAGAGAGAGAGAGAGAGAGAGAGAGCAAGAGAGAGAGAGAGAGGGAGAGAGAGAAAAAGAGAGAGAGAGAGAGAGGAGAGAGAGAGAGAGACAGACAGACAGACAGAGAGGGAGGGAGGGAGAGGGAGAGAGCGAAAGAGAGAAAGAGAGAAAGAGAGAGACUCGUGCUUGCGAUCGUGCCGCGCACUAAAGCACGCAUUUCCGAGAGCGCGAGCUCGAACGCGCAACGGCGAAGAUCAGAACGCGAGAACGAACAGAAAGGACCGUGACCAAGACGACCACGAGACGAGGACGAGACGAGGACGAGACCAGACGAGACGGGACGAGACAAGACGACACGAGACGAGACAAGACGGAAACGUGCCGGUGACGCGGACGACCAAUUUUCGAAUCGAAACGCCAUACGACGACGCGACGACAUACGUAUGGACGUCGAGAGGACAAAGAGGAGGAACGUUUUCACGAUGCUUUCGGGCAUGCGGAGCUUUCAGCUCUGACAUGCGUCGGGAGCGGACUCAAGCUCGACGACACUCCUGCCGCCGCCGCCGCCGCCGCUGCUGCUGCUGCUGCUGCUGCUGCCGCUGCUGCCGCUGCUGCUGCUAUUGUUGCUGCUACUCCUCUCCUUUUACGUGCGCCGUCGAGUUUUCCUCCUACGAGGGCUUUCUUCAAAAGCAACGACGAAGACGACGACGUAUCGUCGAGUGAACCUCCAGGAAUUCGCUCGGUCGGAAGCUCACGCGAGUGCUCGACAACGCUUUUCUAGGAGUUGCCCGAUAAAUUCGAACGCGCCAUCGAAAGAGAAUUGCUCUUCUACUUUUUAUUAUUUUUCCGCGAUAACCCGCAACAUCUUUCGAUACAUUUCUUCGAUUCGCCGUUACAGUUAAUUACGUGAAAAAGCUCCGACAAAAGCAAGAGAGGAAUAUUGCGCGCAUUCCCUUCGAGCACGUUACGAUUAAAAGCUCGCUGCUUUUUGUCGGCGAACGGUGGGAAAGACCGAUAAAAAGGAAAAGAAAGAUAGAAAGAUAAAGAGAUAGAGAGAGAGAGAGAGAGAGAGAGAGAGAGAAAAGGGCUCUCGUAAUUUUAAACACUCGUUUGGGCCCUUCGAUAUUCUUUUUUCACCGUACUACCCGACGCCGUCCUUCAUCGUCGAUCUUCACAUUUUUUAUCCGUCGAGACGCGCCGAAUCAUAUAUCGGUCAGGAAUUUUUUUCAACGAUACAUGGUUUAUAGAGAUUUUGCCCCUUUAUCGGUGAUGAUCCUGAGAGUGCCGCUCUUUUUCGGCUGAUCGCCAAGAUCAGUCGCACCGGCGUUCCGCGCGCGGAGAAUACGCUACGUAUAUAUUAAACGACAUUACAUAUUGUACGGAUCUCGUGCGAUUUGAAAGCGUGUUCGAGUUCGAGAUGAGAAGAGGUGCGAUAUUAUCACAAGCGAUAUACUGGUGAAUCAUGGAAAAAUAUAUAAUAAAUACUAUGUAAGAAACACUUCGUCCUGACGAAAAUUCGAUGGAACUCUGAGAAUCAAAAGACAGUUCGUUUCAACAUGUCGUCCGUUUUCGUUACUACUACUUUUACGUGAAAAGAGAAGGGUGAAGUGGGGAAGAGAUCGCAGCUUGCGAGCUCGUUAACUCGAGAAUGUAGUCAAGAAGAGAAGAGGAAGAUAGCGAUCGAAGAAAGGAUUCGUGUCGAGAAUGCUGGAAGACGAGUUCCUCCAGUGUUUUCGAGAGUUUAGCUGUUUGAGUCCGUAUCGUUCAAGGACGAAUCUUUGUCAAGGUCGGUCCUAACGCCUAGACGGCGCGAAGAUCGAAAAAGAGGAAGAAGAAGAAGAAGAAAAAGAAGAGAAAGCAGAGGAGGAAUGCAGUGGUACGAUGUGGAGGUUCGAGGUCAAUCUCGAGUCUAAUAGGAUAGGGAAUCGUGACAUCGUCGUGAUCGACGUCAUUUUCGACGUCGCUCUCGUCAUCGACGGCGGAGGUUUGCCGUUGAGAAGAGAGUACUGUCAGUGUUCGGGUGUUUCCACCAUCGUCGAUGACCUUGGCGAGCGAGGAACGCCGAGUGAGAAGCAGCCUCGAGCAUACGAUGAGCUUCGUUAGAGAUCCUGGAAAUUUUCGAAUUAAAAGCGAUCUUGGCGAGAUCGAGAAAUAGUACUUGCAAGUGGUAGAUGAUAAGAGGAGGAAAAGAGAGAUAGGAAAGGAGAGAAAGAGAAAGUGAGAAAGAGAGAGAGAGAAAAGAAAGAUUCCACCGUCGAGCAUGGCCUCGGUGGCAGCGUGGCUGCCAUUCGCCCGUGCGGCGGCGAUCGGUUGGGUGCCGAUCGCCACACACCCACUGCCACCGCCGCCGAUACCGAAGGAUCGUCGCAAAGCCGACGACGAGAAGCUCCUUAUUAAUGUAAGCGGUCGUAGAUUCGAGACGUGGAGAAAUACCCUUGAAAAGUAUCCGGACACGUUGCUCGGUUCGAACGAGCGCGAGUUCUUUUACGACGAGGAGAGCAAGGAAUAUUUUUUCGAUCGCGAUCCGGACAUUUUUCGUCACAUAUUGAAUUACUACAGAACCGGUAAGCUCCACUAUCCGAAACACGAAUGUCUGACGAGCUACGACGAGGAGCUCGCUUUCUUCGGCAUCCUUCCGGACGUGAUAGGCGACUGCUGUUACGAGGAUUAUCGCGAUCGCAAACGCGAAAAUGCGGAACGUCUGAUGGACGACAAACUCAGCGAAAACGGCGAUCAGAAUCUUCAGCAGUUGCUCGAUAUAAGACAAAAGAUGUGGCGAGCCUUCCAAAAUCCACACAUCUCAACCGCGGCGUUAGUCUUCUACUACGUUACCGGUUUCUUCAUCGCCGUGAGCGUGCUGGCGAACGUGGUGGAAACCGUGCCAUGUGGUAAUAGACCUGGUCGCGCGGGUACGCUUUCAUGCGGCGAACGAUACAAGAUCGUCUUUUUCUGCCUCGACACCGCCUGUGUCAUGAUCUUCACCGCCGAAUACUUGCUCAGGCUUUUCGCCGCGCCAAGUCGUUGCAAGUUCGCGCGAUCGGUGAUGUCGAUCAUCGACGUAGUCGCCAUACUGCCCUAUUACAUCGGUCUUGGUAUAACCGACAACGACGACGUUUCCGGCGCCUUCGUAACUUUACGCGUAUUCCGCGUAUUCCGAAUCUUCAAGUUCUCCAGGCACUCCCAGGGCCUCAGGAUUCUUGGUUACACCCUCAAAUCCUGCGCAUCCGAACUUGGCUUUCUUGUAUUCUCCCUCGCCAUGGCCAUCAUCAUCUUCGCCACCGUCAUGUUCUACGCGGAGAAGAACGUCGACGGUACGAACUUCACCUCGAUACCUGCUGCCUUCUGGUACACCAUCGUUACGAUGACUACGCUGGGGUACGGUGACAUGGUUCCGAAAACGAUCGCGGGAAAAAUCGUCGGGGGUGUAUGCUCCUUGAGCGGUGUCCUAGUGAUCGCUUUACCGGUGCCUGUUAUCGUCAGUAAUUUCAGCAGAAUAUAUCAUCAAAAUCAACGUGCCGAUAAAAGGAAGGCACAGAGGAAAGCGAGGUUGGCUCGCAUCAGAAUCGCUAAAGCAUCGAGCGGUGCGGCUUUCGUCAGCAAAAAGAAAGCGGCCGAAGCACGAUUGGCUGCGCAGGAAAGUGGUUUGCAGUUGGACGAGAACUACAAGGAGGAGGAUAUUUUCGAGUUACAACAUCAUCAUUUACUUCGAUGUUUAGAGAAGACAACGGAUCGCGAGUUCGUGGAGAUGGAGGUGCCCUAUAACGGUGCCCCAAAGAGGCCAGGUUCGCCGUCACCAUUGACGUCACCUGCCCACAGCACUGCCUCGAGAGGCGGCCUCCUGCAGUCCUGUUGCGGUCGCUGCUACCCUCAGCGUUACCAGAGCUUGUCCUAUCAGCUCACCUCGAACGAGAGCAAGGAUAGAGUGGUGCUCGUAUAUGGCGACCGUAUACAAGUGCGGAAAAAGGACCUAAAGAAGCGCGGUUCCCACACCUGUGACAUGCAGGCCCUACAGCCACUUCCGGUCCCCACCACCACAACCAACACCGCGCCUGCCAUGACUACUUCCGGUGGGCAGCCACCGCUUCCGCUUUCGGAGACCGCUUGAGUACGAUCGAGACCAAUCACGAUCACCAUAUCCGCUAAUAAGAUCACCUAUAACUAUCAUCGUUCUUCUCUACCGCUUCGAGAACGAACCACGGCCAACUGGCCAUGAACACGUAAAGAAAGAACGAAUACACGAGUCGACGAGAUAGAAGUUUCGGAAUGAACUACUACCUGGCAGAAAUAAUCGAGAGAUUAUUUGAAAAAUGAGGAAAAUUCAAGGAGAAGUUUCUCAAGAUAUACCAUCGGAUCGAGAAUGGAAUAUUCGAGCAAGAUAAAGAUUAAGAGAAUGGAAUAGAUACGAUUUAACUACGAUCCAAGAUAAACGAUCGGUUCUUUUCGAAGAAAUGUCGUAUCGGAUUUCGUCGAUGAGACUAUUAUGCACUGUUAAUUUCUACUUCUAAUAGACACAGAGAGAUACUUUUGAUUUCGGCGAGAAAAGAGAAAAAGAUUGGAUCGACGAUUUUGCAUAGGGAUCUUAAUAGCGAGAUUAAACGUCCAAAAUGUUUCAACUGCGACCAUAAAAAUUCAUGGUCUCGUUGUAACCUUUAGAAAAGAAAUUCUUCGCGUUUGACUGGCGUUUACGGAAAUUUCAUUGGAGCAUAUGACAAACGAUUAUAAUAAUAAUACAUUAAUACUCUAGAUCCACAAAGUCAUUCGCAAAGGAUUGCUGUAGGAUUCCCAAGAAUGAUGAUUCGAACGAAUUGAGUUUCUACGUUGAGUUUGAAUCAUUAUUCGGGAUUCGUUUUAUCGAUGUUAAUUAUAUCGACAUUCAUCGACGUUCGAUAUAUUAUGAUGUUGUUUGCGCGCUUCUCUGUAAUUUGUUUAUCUUGCGAGAAAAGGAUGGAAGAAUAAGAUCAGAAAAAGAAUGAGAUGUACUACAACAGGGAAGAUAGACAAGUUGCAAUAUGAGAAAAUGGCACCAUAAUAUGCCUUACUCCGAGUCGUAUAGUUAUUUUUCAUAUCUCGCAAAAAUUUUUAGAUAUAUUCUAUAAUCUCAAACGGUGAGAUCGUGACGAUCUUACGAAUAAUUCAUAUGCGAAUGAUACCUUAAUAAAUCUAUGUACUUAUUUUUGUUGAUUAGGCGAUCGGGCUUCGGGUCGAACUUCGUCGUUUCCUUAAAGAGAAAAUUUUCACCGUUUCUUAAUUUCUCGUUUUCUCUUGAUGCAUGUAUAUCUACCUACUUACUAAUAUUUAAUAUAAUAUCGAAAAUUAGAUUCUUUCGUAAUUAUCGAUCGUUUUUUUAAGAUGUCGUUAAAAGCGCAUGCAAAGUACAUGCAGUGUGUCCCAAAAUUAAAAAUAACUAUUUUAAUGAAAUCGGCUGAAUUAAAAAAAGGAAACAAAAAACUGACAUAAAUUUAUGUUUAUUAAUUAAUUAUGAUUCAAAAACGAUUUAAAUAUUUUAAAUCAAAAUUUUAUUGUGAAUAUGUGCUGUGCUCAAUACGUGCUGUAUCUCUAUUCCUGCAAAUUUUUAAUCUAUCCUUAGCAUAGCGAAAAAAAACACAUUUUCGAGUUAUUGUCUUGUAUAUGUUGAGUCUUCCAUUGACUUCCGCAACUGAAUAAUUGUCGUACUUGUUCGAUAACAAUUGUUUGUUAUGUGCUAUCCUCAUAUUCUUCCCAUCUCAUCGGGUAUGGAUUUAAUUAUUUUAAAUUUGUUUAUAAAUUCAUGAAUCGCUUUAUCUAUAGGAUGAUUUCAUUACAUUGCACUCCAUUGAUAUGGGAUAUUACAGCAAAGAUGCAUUCUUAUAUAUUUAUUGACAGAGUUCUCAAUUUAUUGAUAAAGUUGUGAAUGAGAAUAAAAUUUGAGAAUUUAUAUAUUUUUAAUACACACUGGACACAAUAAACAUAAAUAAAAGGGAGUUUUUAAAAACACUGUCCGAUUUCAUCGAAAUAGAAAAUUAAUUUUGCUACACACUGUACCUAUGUACAUAUUCGAUAAAUUUUGAAGAUAUUUAGUCGUCUUCACCUUAGCUAUAAUUCUGCGUUAUCUACCUACCUAUUUAAUAUAGAAAGUCUUUAGAACGAAAGAUGCUUAGAAUUUACGGACUAUCAGUAGUUUCGAUGAAUCGACGUGGUUCCCGAAGAACUUCUCUACGAUAAUUAUAUUUUGCGAUAUUGCUCACGAAACAUUUCGUUUUGUCUCGAAUAUAGAGAAAAGACGAAAUUUUUUUAGCUGAGUGAUAUAAAGUGCGAUUCAUUAAGGGUCUCGUGUCUGUCUGGAAUUGUCGAUAAAACGGAACAACAAUGUUUUAUUUCAAAUUUUUAUCCAUGCCAACCGCGAUGUCCAAAGCGGAGCUAAAUAGAGAAUAAAAGAGAAAUUAUUGUCCAUGUGUAUAAAUAAUAUCAAUAAUAUUGAUAAUAAUAAUAAAUAUAAUAAUAAUAAUAAUAAUAAUAAAUAACGAUGGAAUGGAAGAGAGAGACAGAGACAGAGAGAGAAGGAAGAGAGAGAGAGAGAGAGAGAGAGAGAGAGAGAGAGAGAGAGAGAGAGAGAGAGAGAGAGAGGGACCCACGUACCUUUGUAUUCUAUUAAAACUAAAAAUAAGAUAAUGCCCUCGUUCUUUCAAAGUUCCGCGUUCGGUCGUGCCCGAUCGCGAAGAUAUUUUAGACACGAUACUUAAUUAAAAAUCGCUGGGCGUCGAUUUGAAGAACGUCCCUCCCGUCGUUGUUUCGCUGUACGAUCGAUCGUUGAGACGCCUUCGGUAGACAGAUAGUAGAUUUUCCAUUUAAUUUAAUUUAAUUUCUUCGCGAUAAAUGUAAUAUGAAGCUUAAAUUAAACAAUACGAUUAUUAAGGAUUUUUACGAUACAUUCCUUCGACGCGUUUACGUUGUUCCACUUAUAAGGUGAUGUCCUAUCGUGAGUAGAUUUUUUAUUUACUCUCCGUGUAGAUUGGUGUAAUAUAUACAUAUACAUAUACACGCAUAUUAUAAGGGAAUUAAUGAAGAAUUUGAGAAAGAUAGAAAGAGUUCGUAAACUAUUAUUUGGACAUAAUGAGGAUACGCUUAAAUGUCCUGACGUUUUUCAAUCGAGUAUCAUAUGUGUAUAAUAAUUUGUUGAAAUAAAAAGAGAAAAAUAUAGACGAGUAUAAAAACAGAACUUGUUGAGAGAAUUUAAAAAGUGAUGGACGAAUGAUAUCUCGACUAACGAUCGAUCGAUACAAGCGCGUUAUAAUAUCAUACGGAGAAGAAAAGAGAGAUAAAUGAAAAGAGAAAAAGAAUGCUCGUAAAAAGAUAACAAUACCGACUAUCCGUGUAACCAGGAUAUAAAUAUAUACAUUCUAGGUUGUAAAUAUUUCGUCGAAGUUCGUGAGAAACACUUAUUUGCGUUGAAUGUAAUUAACUUUGUAAUUAUCUGUAACGAUCUAACUUGAGUCGAAGAAGAAAACGAAAAAAAAGUACAGAGAGAAAUAACAUAUAUACGUAUAUAUACAUAUAUAUAUAUAUACACAUAUAUAUAUAUUUAUAUAUAUACACAUAUAUUAUAUUAUAAACAUUAUAUUACGAGUGAAAAGCAGAGAAACAGAGAUUAUACAUAUACGAGACAAAUUCACUCUCUCUCACACACACUUGAAGCACUAUGCGUCGCGCAAUAAAAUAAAUUCUAAAUCGUUUCAAACUACUAGUAUGCGUGAAAGUUUGAAUGUGUUCAAGGUUUUAAGAAAGAAAGAAAGAGAGAAAGAGAGAGAGAGAGAGAGAGAGUGUGUAGUCGAGCGAAUAUGUUGUGUGCAUGUAUGCAAGAGAGAUAAAGAGAGAGAGGAAAAAAGAUAGAACAAAAGAGAGUAUAUACUUGUGUGUCGUGAAAAAAGAAGGUUUCUUGUCGUUUUAAGCCACAAUUAGAACCACUGUACAAGGUAGUAUUAAACAAAAAGAAAAAAAAACAAAAAACAUGAAGAACAAUAUGCAAGAGCAGUUUGGAAUUAGAAUUGAAGAGAUAGAAAGAGAAACAGGGAGAGAGAGAGAGAGAGAGAGAGAGAGAGAGAGAGAGAGAGAGAGAGAGAGAGAGAGAGAAAGGAAAAGAAAGGGAAGAAAGAUUUAAAGUUAGCGAGAGAGCUUUUCCGUCGCAAGAAAAUUUCAGGAUUAGCCAUUAAAAGAUAAUUAAUUUCGUUUACCAUGGGUAUCAGCGUAGCACACAGUGCGCAACGUGAUGUUUUAGUUUCUUUUAUCCUCCCUCUCCUUUCAUUAAAAUAUGGCGAUUAAGAAACAGCAGGGGCUGCAAAAACUUUUUUCGCCAUCCUUUCUCGUGUGCCAAACUUACGGAAGUUUAUCGAGCCUCGUUCAUAUUCUUGAUUAAAGUCGAUGAAGAUAGAAAAUUCUUCGAUCACUCCCCUUCUUUUAUCGGAGUUUUAUUCCCAGUAAAGUAUGAAAGGCGUCUACGCAACUAUGAGAUGCAAUUCAAUCAGUCGCAUUUAACGUGUCUUGUACUUUAUGAAUUAGAUAUUUAUUCGAUUUUUAUUUCAAUUUCGAGUCCUCUGUUUCCUUUGCACUGGCACGUUUUACGUGUGUACAUCUUAGAAAUACUGAUGUUAAACUACGAUACGUUGAUACGAGUUAUUAGAAGCCGACAGAGAGCGUUCGAUCGAUCACGUUUUGUACUUUGUGCUUGAAACGAGCCAUCCGUGUGUAGAGAGUACGUAAUUGAUUGAUUGAAUAAUUAAUUAAUAAUUGUAAGUAACGCAAGCGAGUAAGAUAAGAAGAUGAAUAAUAAUAAUAAUAAUAAUAAUAAUAAUAAUAAUAAUAAUAAUAAUAAUAAAUAAAUAAAUAAUACUAAAAAAAAUAAUAAUAAUAAAACGCAAAGCGAUGAAUAGUUACGUUUCGUCGGCGUCGUCGCGUUUCGUAGAAAGAGAAGAGAAGAGAAGAAGGAGAAGAAGAGAAGAGGAGAGGAAGAAACCAAAAGGGAAAGGAAAAGAAAUAAUGAGUCUUUCAAUUCACUACCGUACUGCCAAUUUUUCCGAUGCGACAUAAUAACUUUAAAUAAGAGGGUUUAAUAGGCGAAAUACACGACGCCCGUCUCUCGUCGUACAUACUUACACACAUCCAUAUAUACAUACAUACAUACGUACAUAAGCUUAUUAUUUUUUUCUUUAUUCGCUCUGAGCUUUUGCCAGUAGUGAGUCCAAGAAGAACUUUAAGAUUCUCUCGUGGUAUCAUUUUAUUCAGAAAAAGGGGGGCGCAAUGAAGAGAAUUCCAAUGUUUCUUGUAUCUUGUUUUUUCGUCGAUGGGAUGAGAUUUAAAUGAAAAGUGAGAUAAAAUGCAUUAUUAUUUUAAUCAAGCGAAAGUAAAUUCUGUUUAACGAUUAUGUCGAUUAUAUAUAAAUACAACGCGUAUGCACAACAAUAGAAUGAGAAAGAUAGGGAAAGAGAUUAGAUCCGACAAUUUGUCUUGCUCAAGCUGCGUAUAUUUCCUCUUUUGAAGAAAGAAAAAGAGACACAGUGAUACACACAUACACUGACACAUACACGUACACACAGAGUCGUAUAUCCUCGUACAUGCUACUGUAUAGCGUAUAUCACGUACAUGUAUAUUUCAAAUAGAAUCAAAGAUUUUAGUUAUAAGAAUCACAAAGUUUUCUUUAUUCGAACAUCGUUUAUCCCGAAAUUUAUGAUGAAUUUAAACUCGUUCUUCUCGUGAGUGUAAUUGUCCGCUGGUUAAGAAGAAAAAAGAAACAAUCAAAGAAAAGUACGAUUCUUUUGUAAGCAAGGCACUUGCCGUCCAUGGACUUCUACGCGAGUCAUUGUCGAAUGCAAAAGCGAUUUAUGUCGAGUGCUGUAUGUUCCUUGCACACCGAGAGCUCAAUGUUAAACAUGAUUAUGUUUAGUUUACGAUCAUUAUUAUUAUUAUUACAUAAGAUUUAACUAAUUAUACGUUUCACUUACGUGGAGACAAACGCACGUGCACACGUCGACAGACGAUUCCAUGAAAUUUACGACUCGUUCGCUAAGAAAUACGAUGGGCGUCGAAGUUCAUUCAUUGUCUUUAUAUUUUUUCUUAGCAAUUCAAAAUGAUAUUUUCAAUAUUUUUUCUAUGCAAUUCUAUACAAUUCGUCGCUUUUCGAUGAUAACAAACUAAUUCAUUGAACAAGAUAGCUCUUCAUUCUUCAGACGAACUUAUAUUAUCUCUUUCAUAGAUCAUAUAAUAACUCUCGAUUGUUUCAAUUUUUAACCCUUUGACAACUUCCCAAUGGCUUGUUAUUCCAAUAUUUUUAGCAUAUGGUCAAAAAUGAACAUCGUUUUUUUGGAUGUUGUUAUAUCUUGUAAAGCAUUUGGAAUGUUCAGAUGAGAUUGGUAGAAGAAGGCUUCGUAAUAGGCCAUAUCAAUUUUUUUAAAAUAUGGAUUUCACACGUUUUGGAAAAGACUCGUGUCUCGUAAAACGUUUAUUAUAUGAGGUUUUGUAUUUUUAUUAUCCGUUUGGAAUUAAGGAAACGUUAAGAUAUUACAAUCAACUGUGUUAUCUCAGUCUUUUCUCGACAUACCACGGCUGAAUUCGGCUGAAUUUGCUUCGAGAGACAUGCCAAAUACGCUUAAAAUGGUGAAACGGAACAAUUCGUUCGUAGAAAAGCGCAGAAUCGUCGCGGGAACGGUCGAUUAUUCGAUAUCUAGAAAAUAAAUUGUACUUAUUUCGGGAAUUGCUGAAUCCAUCGUGUGGGUUUCUUCAUUCGAAGGAAGUUUUCGUCGAGAGCCGACGAACUUUACAUUUUUCUCUUUAGAGAAGAAGCUCCAUUCUUUUUUGUGUGUAUGUGCGUGUGUAUGUGUGCAAGUGCGUGUGUGCGUGAAACGCAUUAACAAGAUAUUAUUAGUAUUAUAUAUUCCGACAUCUGUCAUAGACUUAUAUAAAAAAAAAAAGAAAAAUAAAUCGAUCGUGAUUUUGAUGAUUAUCUCUUCUAUUGGAUUUCGAGAAUUCUAUUCCGUAUAUCGAUGUUUGGCAAUAAUAAUAAUGUUCUACUCUUAAUCGUAUUAAAAUGAUGAUUGGAGAAGAAAUGAUAGAAGAAGAGAAUGAGUGAGAAAAAAGAGCAAUCAAGCGUAAUUAAACUGGGAGGAAAAAACAAAAUAAAAAGACAAAAAAAGAAAAAGAAAACAAAACUACAAAAAAGAAAGAGAACAGAUACUACCCCAAUUAGAUAUAAAGAAAAAGGGACAAACGUUUUAAUCGAAGGCGUUGUCCAACUUCGAUAGUUUCCACGCCUUAUUCCAAAAAAGGAAGAUAAAUAAAUUGAUCUUCGUAUUAUC